ACAGAGACUACUCAGUCGUCCACUGUCCUCGACGGCGUACGUAACUGUCGUACUCGUCCUUAUCAUUAUCGUUUAGUCACAGCAGUGUCUAUAUCUCGCGCUGCUACAGCAGCACUCUCUCGGACUACAUAUACAUAUACAUAUAUAUAUACAUAUAUUUUAAGUGUUUAAAAGGUGUUGGUGUUGCAAGUGUGAUUGUGUGUUAGGUCCUAGUACAUGCGUCAUUCCUUUCGCUCUCUACAAUUUGUGUACAAAGACAAGAGAUUUAUUAUUUAAAAAAAAAAACUAAGUUUUUUUUUAAAUCUGAUUUCUCAACCAGUGACUUUUAAUUGGGACAUCGCUCAAUUAAGAUAAUAUUGUAUCGGGGCAAGAUGUGUAUGGAGUUAACCCGACGUCAUUGACAUGAAUUAUACUGUGCGAUUAUCAGGGUUAUAUAGAGCCGUUCCGUUAUCCCAACUCGUUCGUGAUAACUCGCGGAUCCCUAAGCCCCCACCGCGACGACGAUACAGUACACAGCGUAGGCGGGGGACUAAAUGGAGAGGAGGUUAGAGAAGAACAAAGAAGACCCAGCGUGCUUUAGUCACAGGCGCUAAGAUGAGAUUAGAGGAAGACUUGGUAAUCCGUAGGAGUCGACCGACCAUGAUAUCCGCCAAGUACCGCGCCAGAGAAGAGCGUAGACGUUUGCUUAAAAUAUCUGCUGGAAAACUUCGCAAUAUCGAGGAUCCAGAAGCUAGUCUAUGUAGAUCUGUGCUAAUAAAUAACGCAGUAAGACGGCUACACCGUGAGAACCGGGACGAAAAAACGAGAAAUUAUGGACUGCCAUUAGUCAGUUAUCUCGAUGAUUCGUCAAAGGAGAAUGACGUCAGUGGAAAUCUUAUUGUCGGCACUGAUUCGGAAUCUUCUAAAAAGAGACUGGGUGAAGAAUUACGUGGAAGCGAAAGUUUAAGUCCAAAACGUCAAAGGCACGAUGACCUGGACUUGCAAGAUGAAGUAUUCAGUGACUUUUACAUCCUGCCACCCACCCCGCGACUCUUAUCCCACAUAGACGACCUGCCGGAUCAGCAGACGGAAAAUUCUCUGGGUAGUUAUCACCAGCAUGAUAAUCGGUUGGGAUCAACGAGCGAUCGUUCGACGACAUCAGCCAAUAUCUUUACCACGGACAUUGUCGACACGUCGCUGUCGUCAAUUGGCAGAUCCACGGACUCUAUAAAUUUAAUGGAUGUAACGGACGUUGGUUGUGAUACCGAUAGAAUUUGUGACUUUCCCAGAUUCUCUGAUUCUAAAACCCUCGAAGAGAGAUUCGUUGAUUUACAUUCGCUUGAUGAGCACUUCGAUCUUACUAAAUUUGAAAGAAAUAACAAUCAAAGUUGCGGCAGAGCCUUUCAUGACAUCCAGACCUUCCACAGUCUUGUGCCCGGUCUUGAGACCUAGACCAAAAUUAAGUCUGACGACACUUCGGAGACGCAUCUGCGUCGCUAAUUAUAUCAGAUAACUUUUUUUUUUUGUAUACAUAAAUAAUAAAUUAAUUAAUUAAAUAAAUAAAUAAAUUGCGUCGGGCGAUAAAACACUCCGGCGUUUAGAGACUGUCCUGCUUGUACCGAGACUGGAUAACACGAAUAGAAUGAAAAAUAUAAAUCCAUAAGGACAUGGAGGUUUUAAUGCCUGGAGUUUAUCCUUAAUAAUUGUCUGAGGAUAUCUGAGGAGUCGUGUUGAGACCACGUCAGCUAAAUCGUCCAAGUGGAGGAGACUGCCUUAAUCGGAUCACACGGAUACUAAACGUCGUUUUUCGCGACCGUCCGCAGCUGCAAUCCGUCUAGUUAAAUUCGUAAAUAUUUCGGCAGCCAUUAAACCGCCAAUUUUUUUUUUUUUCCGUCAUUGUAACGAGUACAAUAUUGAGACAAUUUAAUUUUUAAAUUAUUGUUUAAAUAUUAUAUUUUUUAAGCCAUCAACUUUUUAUUUCCUCAACUUAUUUUAUUAUUUUGUUGUGGAUAAUUUAGUGUUGGAUUGAAUGAGCGGGUGAGGCGUCGGCCGAUACGAAUCUUUUAUUAUAAAUAAAUAUAUAUAAUAUGUAUGUAUAUAUUGUUUAAUAAAAUACAUUUAUAUAUAUACAUAUAGAAAUAUAUACAUUAGGGUGCUCCGUUUGAAACGAAGAUUUUUUUUUUUUCGAUCCCCAUCAAAAAUCUUGUUCUACAUGUAAAAAUAAAAAUUCAGUAAAAUUUUGAGCUCUUAAUAACAAUUUUAAGAACUGGAACAACGUCGUUGAAGUUUUCCCAUGCUAAAAGCAUGUAAAUUUUGAUUCUUUUCUUUUUAUCGAAUAAAACUCAGCCCCAUAUUGACGUAUCUUAUCGGUUCAAAGUUUUCUUGGAAGAGAAUUGUAUGCUCUUUGAAAAAGCCUGUAUGUGCUUAGCAGUACCUUCAACUACAGCCCUCGUGGAAGCCUUGAAAGUCUAAUUUCCUACGAAAUUAGUGGUUUUUUAUUGUUAACUUGUAAACGAUUGACUUUUGGGAAAAAAAGUACAUGACAUUUUUUGUAGGAAAUUUAGUCUUCUACAAAAAAGUUCUCAUAAGUCAAAUCUCUAAAAUCAAUAUUUAAAAAGAUAUAUGAACUUUAACUAAGUAAAAUUCGAAAUUUUAGCUAAAUGUCAAUGUUCAAUACUAUACAAUAUAAUCAGUUAUUAACUUAUGGUAAGUAUCAAUUAAUAUAUAUUUAUAUAAAAUAUAAAAUACCCGUAAUUAUUCAUCCAAAUUGUUCUUAAGUACCAACCUCAUUUGCAAUUCUUUUGAAAAAUUGAAUGAUUAAAACACAGAUUUGAAGAAUCUCGUUCGAAUUUUCGAUGUCCUUGGGACCUAACAGAUGGAUUAUGUUCAAAAAAACAUGUUUUAUAUAAUGGUUUUGAAUUAUAAAACCGUUAAUCUUGACAUUUAGCUAAAAUUUCGAAUUUUACUUAGUUAAAGUUCAUAUAUCUUUUUAAAUAUUGAUUGUAGAGAUUUGACUUAUGAAAACUUUUUUGUAGAAGACUAAAUUUCCUACAAAAAAUGUCAUGUACUUUUUUUCCCAAAAGUCAAUCGUUUACAAGUUAACAAUAAAAAACCACUAAUUUCGUAGGAAAUUAGACUUUCAAGGCUUCCACGAGGGAUGUAGUUGAAGGUACUGCUAAGCACAUACAGGCUUUUUCAAAGAGCAUACAAUUCUCUUCCAAGAAAACUUUGAACCGAUAAGAUACGUCAAUAUGGGGCUGAGUUUUAUUCGAUAAAAAAAAAAGAAUCAAAAUUUACAUGCUUUUAGCAUGGGAAAACUUCAACGACGUUGUUCCAGUUCUUAAAAUUGUUAUUAAGAGCUCAAAAUUUCACUGAAUUUUUAUUUUUACAUGUAGAACAAGAUUUUUGAUGGGGAACGAAAAAAAAAAAAUCUUCGUUUCAAACGGAGCACCCUAAUAUACAUACAUAUUUAUAUAAUUAUUUUAUUGAAUUAUUGUAUACACAACGUUUGUAUAUAUAUAGAAUAUUUUAAGAGCGAGUGUCUCGCGAUUUAGUUUAAAUUUCCAUUGCAAUUAAUUUUAAAAAAUAUUAAAAAAUAAAAAAAUAAGUUAAUAAAUUUUGUCUUUGGAAAAUUACUGUCGCUGAGACAACGCACAUGUGUAAAUAAGAAUUAUUGAGAUAAAUAAAAUGAUAUAAUUAAAAUAAAUAAUAAAAUAAGUCAAGAGUAGAUACUGCUAAUUGUGGAUUGAAAAUGACGUUAUUUCAAUUAAUCAGAUUUAUCGGUGUCGCAUUUACUGCGACUGGGCCUUAGUUAAUUAUUUUUUGUUCUUAAUCAUAAUUAAAUGAUUUGUUUUUGUUUUUUUUUUUUAUAUUAUUUGUAAUAACGGUUCCAUUAUUUUUAAAUGAAAUGUUAAGUAAGUGGACAGUGGAGACAUAAAACGUAGCUAGUAGAAUUUUUAAAACAAAUUGUACUUUAGCUUCCCCGCGUAAAAAAAUUUGAACUACUCUACGGAUAAAAAAUAUUUGAAAAAAUAUAAGAACAUUUUAUAAAACAAUUAUUAAAAUUUAAGUUUUAAAUAAAAGGAAACCAAUUUACGGCUUCUGUAACAAUGAAAAUCUAAAAUUGUAUUUGUAUUAUAUUGUUUUAUAUAAAAAAGAAAGAAAAAACGAAAAAAAACUCAAGACUGUUGUGAAAAUUACAGUUUUAUUAAAUCAGUAAUGACCAAAAAAUAAUUUGUUAUCGUUUUUGUAUUCAGGGGCCAUAAUUAGAAAAUCGAGCGCAUAACUGGGCUGUAAAAUAAAUUUUUAAAUUUAAUUUUUCACUACAAAGAGGCACUAAAAUUAUGUAUUGAAUGAAUUAAACAAAAUUAUAAAUUAUAUUAGAGAAAAAUUUUAGUUUUUAAUUGAGAGUAAAAUGUGAUCGAUUGGUAUUUGCCUCAGAACAAUUAGAAAAAUUAUAACUAUAAAUCUGUUGCAUGUUUACUUACAGCUGAGUUAUCGUUUUACGUAAUAUAUAUUUUAUCAUUAUCAUUAUUAUUAUUAUUGUUUAGUUUUUUGUAUCAAAAAUCCAAGUAGACAUUGCGCGGGUCAAAAAAAAUUGUAAAAAAAUCUAAUCUUCCGUAGAGUGCCCGGAUCAUUAUCGAUUAACGUUUUAAUAAAAUAAAAAUAAAAAUAAAGAUUCUGAAGUUAGCAGACAGUUGAUAAUUUUUAAAUUUUUUUU